AGGAGAAUGGCUGAUCAACGGUACGUUACCGAGAUUCCGAGCAGCUUGAAGCAGCUGGCCAGGUUGGUGGUUCGUGCAUUCUACACGAUCGAGGACGCGCUGGUGGUGGACAUGCUGGUUCGGAAUCCGUGCAUGAAGGAAGACGAUAUCUGCGAGCUGUUAAAGUUUGAGCGUAAAAUGCUGCGAGCCCGCAUUUCGAUUUUGCGGACCGACAAAUUUCUACAAGUGCGGCUUAAAAUGGAAACCGGGCCCGACGGAAAGGCGCAGAAAGUGAAUUACUAUUUCAUCAACUACAAAACGUUCGUGAACGUGGUUAAGUACAAGCUGGAUCACAUGCGCAAACGCAUGGAGACGGAAGAACGGGACGCCACGAGCCGGGCGAGCUUCAAGUGUCCUUCCUGCAACAAAACCUUCACCGAUCUCGAGGCGGACCAGCUGUACGAUUUCAGUACGGACGAGUUUCGCUGCACGUACUGCGGCAGCGCGGUCGAGGAAGACAGUUCGGCACUGCCGAAGAAGGACUCAAGACUGUUACUAGCUAAAUUCAACGAGCAAAUGCAACCACUGUACGAUCUGCUGCGGCAGGUAGAAGGCAUCAAACUAUCCCCGGAGAUCCUCGAACCUGAACCCGUGGACAUAGACACGAUACGAGGAAUUGCCAAACCCACCACCAAAGCACCGACGGAGCAAUGGUCCGGCGAAGCAACGCGGUCGAGUGGAUUUGCCGUGGAAGAAACGCGGGUAGAUAUUACGAUUGGCGAUACGGACACGCUGGACACGUCGUCGCAGCGUAAGGAUCGGCCGGUCUGGAUGACCGAGUCGACCGUGAUUGCGAACGAUAUGGACGAAAACUCAGUCGAUGCCAUCCUGGAGAAAGCUGCCUUCACCUCCACACAGCCAUCACCGAUCGGGGGAAACAAUAUCAGUGGCAGUAUUAACAAUAACAACGUGUCGACGAACGUCAUGUCGUCGACCCGCGGACGCGGACUCAAGGAAGCGGACGAUAUCAUGUCGGUGCUGCUGCAGCACGAGAAGCAGAGCGCUAGCAACGCGACCAACGAGGCGGUCCGUGGGCUGGCAAAUAACAACGACGGCAACUCGAGUGAUACCAGCGACGAUGAUCGUGAUAUCGAGAACGCCGAAAUUCCUAGCAUAGAAAUCCUAGACUCCGAUUCCGACGACGAUAUGCCGACCGUGACGGUGGCGGGUAGACCUUAUCCGUUGGAUGAAAUCAACGACACGCUGAUUGCAGAUAUGACGCCGCAGGAGAAGGAAACCUACAUACAAGUGUAUCAAGACCAUUUCAGUCACAUUUACGAUUAAAC